AUGGAAGUAAAUGAUGAGCCUACUGGUGCUGUCAGUCUGCCUGGAGCUGCGAAUCAUAGAGAGAAGAGUGUUGACGUCGACAUUGAUGCAAAUAUUUUUCUGGUAGAUGAAACAUCAUCGGAUGAUUCAGAUGAAAUUGCUGUGUUUGACAGCCGUGAUUUGAGUCUGUUAAGUAAUGAAAGAAAAAUGUUAUGUGAGGAGAGGAUGUGUAAUCUAUAUAAAACAUUUCGCUACAGCGGACCAGAAUAUAAAAUACGGAGAACUGUUUAUGGGUUUUCAACAUUAGACAUUGAUUUCUUUGAUCAUAUUCAAGAAAAAAUCACUCUUGAUUUCGAUGAAGAAAAGAUCUCCAAAGCUAUCACUGCAUUUCAUAAUGAUAAAUUAGGAAUAAAAGAAGGCGCUGCUAAAAUGAACAUAUCAACAUUCGAUUUUAUUGUUCUUUUAACAGAUCAUAUUUGGAAAGAACGUGAUAAAACAGUGGAGAAGUACAGUAUAUCUCGGGUUGCUGGUUACAUUGGUGUUGACCGCGCUCAAAUGCUUAUUCUCGGCAGUUUGAUAAAUAGUAAUGUUACUUUAGCACCUUCAGAAAUAGCUAUUAAAAUUCUUUCUGAUCCAGUUGAAGUAAUUGUGAUGUUGACAAUGUUAUUGGCGCAAAUGUAUGGUUGGCCUGUUGCUGAAGACUUCAGUCAGAACUGGAAAUAUAUUGAAACAUCAUUUGUACCAUCGGAUGAAGAAGCCAUACAAUCUACGGAUGAUUUUGUAACUGUCGUACGCGAAGUAUUGGAAGAUUUCAAAAAUGCCUGUACAAGUCCACCACGGUCGGAUAAAUUUUAUUUUUCUAGCUAUUCUUUUAUCUCAUAUGAACCAGAACUCCGAUGUGUAAAUGAUGAUUGUACCAAUGAUUUAGUGAUGAUGUCAAACGAAUUGACAAAAUAUACUAGCAAUCUUCUCACUGAAUUGCAGAAUUCGUCUGCACAAAGUGAAAAACAGCUGUUAGCAAAUGAGCAGCGUGAAAAUAUGGCGGAAAAAUCGAUGAUGGUUUCGCAAAAGAAUAAUCAGAAUGUUCCGGCUACAACUAGUGAAGAAGUUAGUGUUGUCAACGUGACACACAAUGAAAGUAUAGGAAGAAAUUACGUCGUUACCAGUGACUUUGUCAAUAUCAGUGAUAUUCCGAACGGGUCUUUUUGUUUAGCUCGUCAGCAAAAAGCAUAUAAUUUUGUUCGUUGCCAAGUUGUUGAAAAGGUAAAGGUAUCUCCUCGUGAAUACAACGUCUUGUUUGGUGACGGUAAUGAGGAAAUAGUUGAUAUAUCACGUAUUGCACGUAAAAUUGACGAUCCUUUACAUAUGUGGGAAGGUGUACGCGUAUGUGCUUUAUAUGAGCCAAAACUUCGGUUUAGUCGAUAUCGGAAGGCAUUUUAUUCGGGAAUAGUGGGUGUAGGACCUCAUGGAUUUUCACAAAAUGAAAUGUUGGUAUUUUUUGAUAAUGGCAUUGACAGUUUCGUUCAUGAACGCACAGUCUAUAUUCUUGCAGAACAGAAGUGUAAGCUUUACAAUGGCAAAGAAGAAAUAGAUCGUCGCAACAAUUGGUGCCUAGUACCACAAUUUCGACAAAAGUUUGUUAAACACUAUUUGAAGAGUUUUCCGGAUUGGCCACUUGUUCCGAUGAAGCGUAAGGAAAAUACGCAGCGUGUAAACAUUCUUAGAGAAGGUAAACCCCAUUCUGCAUAUGUUUUGCGAACCGAAAGGCAAUUUGCAUUAUUGCGUUUUCCAAUUCGUGGCAAAUGUGGUUCAGACUGUGUGGUAACUCCAUGCAAUCGUCAUAAUCAUAUAGAUGAAUGGAUUUAUCGUGGCUCAGAAAGAUUAGAAGCAAUCCGUCAAACAAUUGAUAGACUGGAGAAAAUCGAGCAACAAGAACAGAUGGGAAUUUCGAUGGCUCCACUGCGUUCCAGACGGGAAGCACGAUUGGCUCAUAAUUUGGAAUAUACAGUUUCACUACCUGAACAAAGUAGCUCAAAUAAGAAUUUAAGUAAGGAGAUGGAUCUUUGUCCACGUGGUCGAGCUUUAUUGAGUGACAAUGAACCGAAUUAUCCGAGACCUCAGACAGCUCGAAAAGGAGGAAUAUCAGUCGUGCAGAAUGAUUAUCAAGAUUAUCCAAUUACUGAAGGAAGAUUACCUCGCUUACGCAAAGAGAAGAACCUUAUAAUACAAGAUAUACCUGAAUGGAAUAAUUUGCAUCAAGUCGUUCACUCGCGAUGUACGAUUAAAUGUUUACAGUGUCUUGACAGAGAUCCAUAUGAUAAAGAAUUUUAUGGAUAUUCUCCUUACAUGAUUCCUCUAUUGGUGGGUUGGUCACGUGAGAUUGUAACGUUCACGAGAAAGGUUAAAGUAGCCCACAGUCGUCAAGCGACUGGUUCAGCUGUGGUUUAUCGUACACCAUGUGGAAUCUCUAUUUAUAAACUGGAUCACAUUACGAAAUAUUUGAAAGAUACAUCUAGUCGCUUAACCAUUGAUUUGUUCACAUUUGAUCGAACAAUUCGUCCGAAUGUAAUUUAUCGAACACCGGUUAAAGCUAAACUAAUGGAUGACUUCACGAAUGGUUAUGAAGCCAUCCCAAUUCCUGUUUUUAAUGAAAUUGAUGAUGAUUUACCACCAAAAAUUGAAUAUAAUCCACAACGAUAUCCAUACGAUAGGUCGACAGACAUAUCAUCUAUAUCACUUGAUUUUUGCAGCGGUUGCACUUGUACUGAUGACUGUGUUGAUGAGACCAGGUGUGAAUGCCGUUUAUUAACCCGUUCAGAAGUAUUACGUCUGGAUAAAAGUCUUCAGCCUUCACAUGCCAAAGGAUAUAUGUAUCGUAAUUUGGCACUUGGAGGUACCGAUGAGUCAUAUUUAUCUGGUUUAUAUGAAUGUAAUGACAAGUGUAGAUGCAGUCGGAGUAAAUGUCAUAAUCGAGUGGUGCAACAACAAAUGAAAAUUCCUGUUGAGUUGUUUAAAACAGAAAAAAUGGGUUGGGGUGUUCGAUCGAUGAUUGAUAUUCCAGCAGGUGUUUUCUUAUGCACUUACGCUGGUGCUAUUCUUACAGAUAGCCAAGCAGAAAAGGAAGGGAAAGCGUUUGGUGAUGAAUAUUUUGCUGAUGUAAAUUUGGUGGAUAACGUUGAAAAUGAAAAACACAAUGCUGGUGUGGAUUUGGGAGAUUCAAAUGACGGUUAUUAUUCAGACGACGAAAAUAAUUGUGGUGGUGGUGGAGCUAAUUUAUCAGCCGAAGGAGAACUGAUUACAAGUGAUCAAGAUUCAUGUAAGGAAGACGACGAUUAUGAUAGUGGUCAGGAUUCGUCAUUCUCUUCAGAAGGAAGUCAUUCGGAAAGCAAAGCUACUAAAACUCAGAAACAUCGAAGACUUGCACAAGAAAGUAAUGAUGAAGAACAGGAUCUUUCAACAAGGGAAUUAAAAAAGAAUGAAUUAGCAGCAGCAGAUUUGGAUUAUGCUCGUUCAUCACUUGUUAUGGUGGAAUCAGAUGUCUUUACAAGUGGAACGAAAUUAGACAGUGAUGAUAUGCCAGCAGUUGAACCAGCAGGUCCACCGGAAGGUCGUUUCGAUAUGUUAAAAUAUGUUGAAAACAUGGAGCUUCCAUCACUAUACAUAAUUGAUGCUAAGAAAAAGGGUAACAUUGGACGAUUUUUUAAUCAUAGUUGUCAACCGAACAUUCGUUCCCAGUUGGUAUAUGUUGACACUCAUGAUUUUCGUCUACCUUGGAUUGCAUUUUUCACGACAACAAAGAUUUCAGCUGGUUCAGAACUUUUUUGGGAUUAUGGUUAUUUGGAAGGUGCCGUAGAUGGAAAGCGACUUGAAUGCUUUUGCGGUUCACGUUUUUGUCGCAAGCGACUUCUCUAA